UUUGAACCAAGUUUCAGUCAUUCAUUUUACGAUAUACAUUCUAGCUAUUAAAAAGAAAGAACCCUACCAACUUGAUAAAAUAUCCUUAUUUGAAAGAAUCAAUAAAUUUGAUUUGACCAUAAAUAGAUAAAUAACAGUUGAGAAGAAGAAGAAGAAUAAAUAGAGCAAUGAAACCUCCCCACGUGGCACACUAUGACAACGACAGUUGUACGCGUUGAUGACGCGUUAGUAGAACGCUUAACGCGCUUUUUUCGGUUCUCAUCCUCUUUCUCCAUUCAAUACUCAAAUUCCAACGCCACUGCUCUUUCUAUUCUAUAUAUAUUCACAAGAUCCCUCUUUCUCUCUUCUUCCAUUCCAUUUCUAUUGCAAUUUCACAAUCUUAUUUCUUUUUUCAAGGUGUUUGUUGUUUGGUCUGAAAGAUGGGAGGUGGUAAGGACAAGCAUGAUGAAUCUGACAAAGGGAUCUUUUCACACCUUGCUCAUGGUGUAGCUGGCGCUGCACAUGGUGGAGGUUAUCCUCCGCAACAUGGCUAUCCUCCGCAGCAAGGGUAUCCUCCACAACAUGGCUACCCUCCACAACAAGGAGGGUAUCCACCAGCUGGGUAUCCUCCCCAACAAGGAGGGUAUCCUCCUGCCGGAUAUCCUCCGCAACAAGGAGGAUACCCACCUGCGGGUUAUCCUGGUUCUUCUGGUCAUAGUGCUCCAGGGUCUCAUGGACACGGUGGACACGGCGGUAUGGGAGCAAUGCUUGCUGGGGGUGCAGCUGCUGCUGCCGCUGCUUAUGGUGCUCAGCAUCUCUCUCAUGGCUCUCAUGGGCACCAUCCACAAGGCGGCUAUGCUGCACAUGGUGCCUAUGGUCAUGGUGGUGCUCACAUGCCCCAUGGAAAAUUCAAGCAACAUGGCAAGUUCAAGGGUGGAAAGCAUGGAAAGUUCAAGGGUGGAAAGUUUGGCAAGCAUGGAGGCAAGAAGUGGAAGUAAAAAUGUAUAUGCAAUUAUGGUUCUAAAUACAGCGGCUUUAUGCUUACUACUUUAUAAAUAAACCCUACUUUGUAUGAUGUGUGCUUAUCAUAAUAGGCCAUUUUCUUUUCUUUUGUCCUUGUUUUGCUAUUUCAAUGUAUUGGAUCCUUUGAGCAAGUCUAAUUUGCUUUCUGCCGAGUGCCAACAAAUAUUGCCAAAUUGAUGUGUAAAAUGGCCUUGAUAUGUUUUGCAUCCUUAUUACACAUGUUCAUUAAAUUCA